AUGACAGCGACAAUAACCUCAAUUACAUAUCAAGAGCGCGCUCGUAUCAAAAGAUCAAUACAAGAUUCCCUGAUUCCACCAGAAUGGCGUCUGGCUUCCAUCCCGCCAGUGAACGAAGUGUCGGAUGCGUUGGAUUUCAUUCGCAAAAACAAUCUUUUAACAGCGCGGGAACUGCGUAUCACGGAGACUACGGAUGUCAAUGUCCUACUGCACAACCUGGCCAGUCGUCAAUUGUCUUCUCUCGAGGUCACCAAAGCCUUUGCGAAACGAGCCGUGCUGGCCCACCAAUUGACGAAUUGUUGCACAGAAAUCUUUUUGGACGACGCAUUCGCGCGAGCUAGGCAAUUGGAUGAUUAUUUGGAACAGACCGGUGAAUUAAUAGGGCCUUUGCAUGGUCUCCCGGUCUCGAUCAAAGACCUCUUCCACGUAAAGGGGAUAGAUUCAUGCAUUGGCUGGGUAGGACUUACGAAUAAACCGGCAACACAGGAUGGAAAUGCAGCAGCAACACUUCGCCGACUUGGCGCCGUGUUAUACGUUAAAACAAAUGUGCCCCAAUCAAUGAUGAUGUCCGACUCGUAUAACCACGUUUUUGGCCAAUGCGUGUCUACCCUCAACCGGAAUCUCAUUUCUGGGGGCAGUUCCGGGGGUGAAGGGUCUCUGGUGAGUGCCCGAGGUAGUAUCCUAGGCAUUGGUACAGAUAUUGGCGGAUCGAUCCGUAUACCGGCCAGUCUUUGUGGGAUGUAUGGUCUCUCGCCGAGUACGGGGAGACAGCCGUAUGAACGAAGUGGCCUCCGGCAAGAUAUUGUACGUUCGGUUGCAGGCCCGAUGGCAACAAGCUUGUCAACGGUAGAAAAGUACAUGGAAGCUUUGCCGACUGCCAGGCCGUGGGAGAUUGACCACCAAGUCACACCAAUUCCAUGGCGAGCGGAACUGUGUACGACCACAAAACGCUUAAGAAUCGGGUAUAUUAUAGACGACGGCGUGGUUAAAGUGCAGCCACCUGUUGCGAGAGCGGUAGAAGAGGUCGUACAGGCCUUGAGAGAAGCCGGUAAUGAAGUGUUUGAAUGGGACGCUUCGAGCCACGCUCAUGCGUACGAUCUCUGGGAGAAAGCCAUCCUCUCCGAUGGCGGCGAAGCGUGUCGUCGGCUAUGCGAGUUGAGCGGCGAACCAUUGAUUGAGGGCAUGCUGGUUGGAAAACCUCAUAAUAUCUUGAGUACAUCACAAACACAUCAACUUAUUGCCGAUAAGUAUGCGUACGAAACGCAAUACCUUCGUCAAUGGACUGCAGCCGGUCUGGAUGCUCUCGUCAUGCCUGUCACGCCUUGGGUGGCAUAUAAGCCUCAAACAUGGGUGAAGAGCCACCAAUAUGUGGGAUAUACAUCAAUAUGGAAUUUAUUAGACUACCCUGCUUUAGCCAUUCCGGUUACCAAGGCAGAUCGGACCAAGGAUCUCGUAUUAGAUGCCGAGUGGAUCAUGCAUAAACCGAGGAAUAAGAGCGAUGAAUUCAAUCAUAAGCAAUAUGACAUCAAUCUCGUCCACGGAGCGCCAGUGGGUGUUCAGAUCAUCACUCCAAAAUUACAAGAGGAGAAAUGCAUUGCGGUUGCAAAGGCGAUUGAAGAAUCUAUGACCGCACAGCCCGCAGAAAGGACCCAACGAGCAAAGUUAUAG